AUGACAAAGGAGUAUGAAGAACAGCUUGCUAUGUUUUUUGACCUGGGGUUCCAGGCUUCCAAUUACAUCAAUGCCCUUCACCAAUCAAUACUCAGUUCUGAACCCACUACAUCCCCGAAGUUGGGCCAUAUCCCAGCAGAAUUACACUCGAACUCUCAGGCCACAGGUCAUGGCGUCUACACAGAUCAAAACUUGCAAGCAAUCAACAACAGUAUGGGAACCUUGAUCACCCAUUUGGACUACUAUGUGCUGGAACUAAACCAAGACAUGAUCCAACAAUUGGAAAGGUUAUCCAGAGUGCUAGAGACUAACGAAGAUUCCAAUAGUAAUACUAAUAACAGAUUGAAUUACUACUUGAAUAUGUUGGAUAGUAAUGUCUCCAGUUUAGAUGAAGAACUAUCGAAAGUAACUAAAGAGUUGGAUAUAGUAGAUGAUUCUGAUCCUGGGAACGUGGUGGUUGCUCAAUUAAUUAAAUAUAAGGAAAUUCAAGAUAAUAUCAAGAAAGUGCUUGGGUUGUUUACCACAAUAGAAAAAUAUGAUCCAACUGUUGAUUAUAACCAAGAUUUAACUAUAGAAAAGUUCCAAACACUAACCGAUAGAUUAUACAAACAUUUAAGUAAACUCAUGAUUCAAGAUGCAAAUUACAAUUCAGUGAAUCAAGGUACGUUAGAGAUAAUUGAUACAUUCAUUGAUCUUCAAUUACUCUUCAAGAACUUGACACAAUUCUUUCCCAUCUAUAAGAAGUUCGCCAUCAAUCUUAUGGAUGACAAAAACAGAUACCUAAGUAUGAGAAAGCAUUUGCUUUAA